AUGGCCUCCCUUACACCAGGAGUACUACUAAAGCUUCUUCAGAGCAUGAACUCCAACAUAAAGGUUCUUGGGGAAUAUCGGUCAGUCCUGCUACAAGUUAUUAGUAUUGUCCCUGCCUUGAGUGGCUCAGAACUUUGGCCUAAUCAAGGCUUCUUUGUAAAAGUCUCGGAUUCUUCUCAUUCGACUUAUGUCUCCCUCUCAAAGGAGGACAAUGAGCUUAUAUUGAACAAUAAGUUGCAGCUUGGCCAGUUCUUCUAUGUUGAUAGACUGGAGGCAGGAACACCAGUUCCCAUUCUUCAAGGGGUCAGGCCAGUUCUGGGACGACACCCUUUUGUGGGGAACCCGAAGGACUUGAUGCAAAUGGUGGAUCCAUCCGAGAGUCCAGUCCAAGCCGAUGAUCAUGGAGGAAGCAAUAGUUUGAAACCAAGGGAGUCCUCUGAUGGUAAAGAAGAAACCUCAAGACAAAAGAUUGUUAUUAAAGAGGAAAAGACAGCUGUUGCAUCUAGGUACAUGCAAGGUUUUUCGACAUCAAAUUCAAAAGCUAACUCGCAAGAUUGUAGUGGAAGUGGGAAGCAAAAUGACAAUGAGAGUGGUGGUAAGAAGGUUGGCAUGACAAAAGGCAAACAGCAAGAGCUUAAUGGUCAGGCACGAUCGAUAACUCCUUCCAACAGCAGAGCUGGUGCACUUUUAUCAAAACCGGAAGCAGCUGCAUCAAACACCAAGCAGACUGCUGUGCCUUCUAAGAGAACUUCUGAAAAACGUGCUUCAAGCAAACAGGAAAACAUAAAUUAUAACUGUUUGUCAAACCGGAAAGAGAAAACUCUUCCACCAGAAGUAGCUUUGUGGGGUUCUCUGCCGGCUAACUUAUUGAAGCCCGGAAAGGGAAUGCUUAGAAGGCGAAAUUUAGCUUCUUUGGUUGCAGUAGAAGCUCAGAAAGAAGCAUCUAGAGCUGCAACUCUUGUCAAAUGUCUCAGUAUCUUUGCCGAUCUAUGCUCAUCUGCAUCACCACAAAAUCCCCACCUCUCACUCACCAAGUUUUUCAGACUCCACCAGCUCAUUGACCAACCAAAUAUUGCAGCUCCUUUAAAGGAUAAAUUAACUCCUUUAACUACAAAACAGCUGCCUCCAGAUAUCGGAAAGUUCAGCAAAAGGAGUGGCACAAUUCAUGGUCAAAGUGCAUUGAAGCCUCCAAAGCUCCCCAUCGAGUUAAGUGAAGCAGAGAAACUAGAAUGGGCUAAAGGAGAGAGUACAAAAGGGAUAGCAGAACUACAAGAACUUCUCUUAAAUGAAACAAGGUCUUGGUUCUUGAAAUUCUUGGAGGCAGAACUAGAUGCUGGUGGCUUUCAUCUGAAUACACAAGAGAAGAAAGGCAAGGAAAGUGCAGCGCGACGGAAUGAGCCAGACAAUCAUAUUGCUGUGACAUUGUCACAGCUGAAAAAUUCAAAUGAGUGGUUGGAUAAACUAAAAACUAGUCUGAGUUCAGAGAGCAGUGGAUUGGUGGAGACAGUUGACAGGUUGAAACAAAAAGUAUAUGCUUGUUUACUUGUUCAUGUGGAGUCUGCUGCUUCAGCUCUCGAAAAUAGAUAA